AUGGCGGAUAAAUCAAGCCGCAGAUAUCAAAAUUGUACACCAACAUGCUUCAACUUUUUCACAAAAAUUCUACCUUCGAUCCUAAAAAAGAAGAAAACCGGUCGCCGGCUUCCAUUAGAGCUCGAAUCUAACAUUCUCCAAAGGAUCCCGGCCAAACCCCUGCUCGGCUUAAAACGCGUUUGUAAGCGUUGGCGUGAUGAAAUUAAAAACCCUUAUUUCAUAAAAUCCCACAUAGGUAAAUUUCAAAUUCAUAAUGCAAAUUCCACGUCACUCAUCCUCUUUGGUUACGGUGAAUUACAAUGUAACCUAUAUUCAUUAAAUUAUCGCAAAUCUACUUUAGAGUUUAAGAAGUUAGCUGGACAUGAUUCUAACUUUGUUGGUGGUGGUUGCAAUGGUUUGGUCUGUUUUCUAAAAUUUGAUGAUAUGGGAUUGGGUAUGGUAUGGUUUUCGCUACACAACCCGGUAACCGGUACAACCAUAAACAACAUACCUCACUUGGUUGUACCAAACGGCUACCAUGAAAAGUUGGUUGUGUUGGGUUAUGAUUGCAUUAACGACGAUUAUAAGAUUUUUUAUUCAGUUCAAGACAUCUAUAACAACAAUAAUGAUAAUAAUGAAAGUGAUACUACUUGGUUGUACAGUUUGAAGAGAAUUUCAUGGAAAAGCUUAAAACCUCCUCCACGUAGAUAUAGUUGCGGUGUUUCUAAUAAUACGUCGUCGUAUUGGUUAAUUCGAAAAUCCGACUUUACAUACGACGGUGUAUCCGGGUUUGAUUUCGAGAGUGAAGAGUAUUAUGACGUAAUACCAAUGCCAAAUGAUGACAUAAUACCAAUGCCAAAUGAUGACGAUGUUUUCUACUCGUGUGAUGAUGACGAUGUUUUAGACUCGUCUGAUGAUGACGAUGUUUUGUACGACCAAGUUGGGUAA